AUGGUUUCUAGGCUGCAGCCGUCGAAUGUUGAUGUGAAGAGUCUAGUAACGGUAGCGACGCCGCACUCGGGGAGCGCCUAUGCCGACUACUUGAUUGAUGAGAUCGGCCCUCAUUAUCUCCCUAAGCUCUAUGAACUAUGGGAGCGGACCACUGGUUGGGACACAGGUGCCUUCGGGCAGCUCACACGGCGAUAUAUGACCGAGGAGUUCAACCCGAAAACUCCAGACGAUCCCAAUGUCCGGUAUUUCUCGUAUGGCGCAAUGUUGGACAAGAAGCCACCAUUGCUCAGUCCCUUUCGACAAUCCUUCAACAUACUAUCUCAGCUUGAAGGUCCGAACGACGGGCUUGUCAGUGUUGAAAGCGCACGCUGGGGCAAAUAUCAGGGCACACUCUCCGGAGUUAGCCACCUUGACUUGAUCAACUGGACCAAUAGAUUACGGUGGACGGUGAGGAAGUGGUUGGGCGAGGAGAAUCCGUUUAAUGCGAUUGCCUUCUACCUGGCUAUUGCGGACAUGCUGUCCAAGGAGGGCCUAUGA